AAAUUACCAAAAAUGUUGCGUAAUUACUGGCAAGUGUUAACGCCAAAGGUGUUGUUUAAUACAAUGUAUGUACUGAAAUGCGUGCGAUUUUCGAAAUAAAAUUCUAGACGAAAAGUUUUAAAUACUACAAACAGAAUUUAUUACCUAAAAAUACAUGUUUACUAGUGUGAAAUUUGAAACGUUUAAACAUACCUUACCUACCUUAGUAUCUCAAGUUUACAAAGAUAUUUGAAUAUCAUGUAGGAUUAUAGUAGGAGUUAAGGAUUGGUUAGAGGUUAGUUUACAAAAAAAAGAAAGAAGGAAAAACACGAUAUUUAACGGUCAUUGCUUUAUUCGGAUGUAAAAUUUGGGUUUGGAUAUUGCUGGAUUAAAAGCAAGUUUCUCUGUUAUAGUGUUUGGAUUAUUAAAUCAUGAUAUUUAUACUACAAUGGACAUUUAAGGUUUAAAUUGCCUUAAUUAAUGACAGACGGUGGUAUUUCGGCUAGACGGCUAAUUAAUACUUCUAUUUUACAACCGUUUAAUGGACAGGUGCUCUAUUUUAUGAAAUUAAUCUCUUUAUAUACCUGAAAUAAGAUAACAUAUUCAUUGAUAGUUAUAAAACUGGACUUAAAAGAGAAAGAACUUCCAUGUUUACGUUUUAUAGCUGGAGAAAUAUCAGUGGUUAACCUUUUGAUUAAAGGCUAGUGGAAUCUCUAACAGGGGAGGUGCUUAUUAUUGACGCUUACCAGUAUCAGCUAUACAAACAUAUCUAGCAGAACUCAAGCAGAACUCGGGCAGAACGUAGUGGAAUUAUUAAUACAAUCGAACAAGUGUAAAUUGUAGACAUUAUUUAUCUUAGGUAUUUGACAUACAUAUUUCAGUUAUCUUUAAGUGUUUAAUACAACAAUAAAAAGGUAUUGUUAUUUGGAAAAUAAGUAUGUACCUGUAGAGCAAAAGUGGUUAUAACCCGAUGUAAAACACGCGCCGCUGUACAUGUACACUAUAGUUUAAAACACCUUUACAGAACAGAGAUAAUUCAUUGUAAGAUGAUUCGGAAAUUAUACUUGAUACACAGUUUAGAUGUGGUCUAAAUCCUUUAACAAGGUUCAUUGAAGAUCAAAAUAUGCCACAGUUAGUGUUGUUCAAUCGGAGCUGGAACAUUGGCAGUGAUGAUUUCGUCUUUUCCGGAGUGGUUGACUGCGUUCUGAGGAUUGCAUGGUUUGUGGUUGUGUUAGUAAUGUACUGUGUGUACAAUAAUGACAUAGAUGACGACUGCAGUAACGGUAUAUACCUUCACGUCUACUUCAUCGGACUUUUUGUUUUCCUGGUCAUUACGGCAGUACUUGGAGCAGCCAUUGUUCACAUCAGUAUGCAGGGAACCAUCGCAGACAGUGGUAAGCGUCGGAAACUUCCGGUAUUUCUUUACGCUCGUCUGAUCGUCGCAGUUCCGGAAAUUGUUUGGAACGCACUGGGAACGUACUGGGCGUUUGUGACAGCACACGAUUGUCACAGGACUAUUGUUAACAUCGCUAAAGGAACAGUUCUUUUUGGCUGGGUUGUUCUCAUAAUUUGUGUAAUAGCUGGUGUUAUAAUAUACAAUUUAUACACGGGUAAAAAUAAGAAACAAAUGCGGAUAGGGAUGAGAAGCUUCCGGCGAGGUUCAAGACGGACCUUUUCGCACACAAAGCAAUGGGAGAAAAGGUGUAAAUGUAUGUUUAUUUGUGCGAGAGAUGAUGAUAGAAGUACCAGUGUAUUCAGCACCCUGGCUGAGCUCAGCGCUGAUUACUUUAAGGGCGUAGAUUUAGUGCCGACGGAUGUGAUCGCCGGAUUGAUUCUCCUCAGUCGGCAACAAGAACGUAAGCGCCAACAGUUGAGAAUUUAUAUCCCUGACGAUAAGGAAAAGAAAGGGUAUAGUUCUGUCCCAACAGAAGACAUGGUAGAUGCCCCGGAUGUAAUCUGUGAGUGUUUACCGGCGCAGAGAGAUUGGAUGACGUUGAAUAAUAUGAGCCACUUCCUCAAGUUUGCUAUUGGGAGUUAUGGCUGGCCCUUCUAUGUGACCCUAGUCAAUCCGGUAUUAGGAGCGUGUUCCCUGUGUUCCCAGUGCAAAUGUUUUUCAUGUCGGGAUGACCAGGGUUCUGUGUUCAAGGAUAACUGUUGUAUGUGCAAUACUGCCGCUUUCAAGAAAACCACAGGUCUACGUCAUGAUGAUAUUGUCUACGCAUGCUUUAAAAAUGAUAUUUAUGAGCUGCCAUUCUAUGUAGUAAUAGACAGAGAUUCAAACUCGGUUGUGGUUGCGAUCAGAGGGACCUUGUCUUUGCAGGAUGUCAUCACGGACCUGGUAAUAGAACGGGGUAACCUUGACAUUACUGGUGUUCUCUGCGCGUGCGCCCACAAUGGAAUCUUGCAAAGUGCCAUGUACAUAAAACAGACACUAGAAAAAAAAGCUAUUCUUGAGACAGCAUUCUCACAGGCAGAGGGUGCGGACCUUGUUAUAACAGGACACAGUCUUGGAGCAGGGGCAGCAGCCUUGCUAGCUAUUCUUUUAAAACCCACGUACCCGAAGUUAAAAUGUUUUGCAUUUUCUCCUCCAGGCGAACUAGUCAGUCCUGCAGUUUCAAAGUAUGCAGAAGAUAUCGUGUGUUCAGUUGUCCUCGGUGACGACAUUAUAUCUAGGCAAGGCAUGUUGAUGAUGGAUGAUCUCAAAAUUAAUAUUAUCAAAUCUAUACACGAAACGAGACUACCAAAGUAUCAAAUAUUUGCGAGUGGAUGUUGGCGGAUGUGUUGUGGCAGAGCAGGUACUCUUGAUGAAAACAUUGAGUACGGGCAUAUAGAAAAUGGCUCCACAAAAACUAAAGAUAGCAAUAAAUAUGAAAUGAACAGAUGCAGUUUAGAAAUGUCACUUACAGAAUGCAUGGCGCAUAGUCAACAAAUAAAAAGUACAUAUCAACCUCUUGUUUUACCCGGGCAAAUUCUUCAUGUUGAACCAAGCCAUGACAGUGGUGACGAGACUUUCACAGCAGCCUGGAAGUUACCCGACACUUUUACAGAAAUCAUCGUUAGUCCAGACAUGUUAGCACAUCAUUUUCCGGACGCUUUGUUAGAUGCCAUUGACGAAUUACGUGAAAAGAAUACUCCUGUACAACCUGUUUCACGGACCAAAGUGGAAGAUAAAAUUGAUACAAGAAUAACAGUGGAGUAACAUGAGAAAACAUUAGGCCAAUCAGAAAUUGUGUCAGGUCACUUCAAGUUGUGGCAAGAAUGGGUAUUCAUACAAUUGGGAGCUGGUGCAGCAAUAUUAAAGUUCCUGAACCUUCCCUCGGGUGAAUUUUCGGUUUAGGUUUAUACGCCGUAGGUGUUUGUUUUCUUAAGACGUAUAGCAAAAUGUUCAGAACAAGUAGAAGAGGCUUUCAAUACCGGUUGCUAUAUCAUAUGUACUUCGGCUGUCCACUUUCCAUUUUUGUUAGAUAAUAUCAAACUUCUUUUUCACAAUUAUUUUGUAAUUAUAUCUGUAAUUAUUGUGUCCUGGUACACUGGGUGUUUGAAAAUGUUUUUCAAAACAUUCAUUUCAAAACAUUGCAAAAGUUGCCAAAUGAAAGUGAAAGUAGAGCUGUCAAACAUAACCAAAACAAAGCAAAUGAAAAAAUAAAGACGUUUGGUAGUUUCUACAAAGGAGCAUGUCCACAGUUGAUGUACAUGUGAUAUAAGACAAAAACUUUUAAAACAGGCUUGCCUUUGUAUAAAUUAUUCUUUUUCUGAACAAUUUAGUAUGUAGCCUAUGUUAUGAAUAGUAUUGGCCUAUGAGGUAAAAUUUCCCAAAUUAACUCACCUGAGGAGUUGGCUUCAAACACUUUACAUGGUCUGUGAAGGCCACGUAAGAAUAUUUGUUUGUUAAAUUAGUGUUCUAGUCUGUAAAACUGAUAAGCACAGUCGCAUUCACAGAAGUGGACCAUUUAAUUUUAUUGACAUGACGUAUUUUCAUCUCAAAGACUGUAUAUGAUUACUUCGGUGUAAUUGUAUCAUAUUUUUUUUAUCAUGUUGUACUUAAAGAAAAUUUAAAGAAUGCAUGUCAUGCUUUAUAUGAAAGACAUUUCUUGCAUACCAGACAGGAUUUUCCCAUGUGUUUGCCGGUGUGGAAAACUGGUCUUUCUCCUCCCCAAUCCCCGGAGUAUAAGAUGGCUGAAAUGUAGGUUCGAAUAUGUAAAUUCAUACGCUACUAUAAUAAAAUAGUGCUUAAAAGAAAAGCUUCUCUUCUAUUAACUGAGGAAAACGGUAUGCAAGAAAAACAAUCCUAUAUCGAGGGUUCAACGCAAUAAGGGCGUAUCUACAUAUGAUUAUUAUUUGUAGAUACGCCCUUAUUGCGUUGAACCCUCGAUAUCACAAAUUGAAGGUGGGUUGAAAAUAUCUGGCUCUCGGAUUUCUGUUUUUUUUUCUUGUUUCUUUUUGGUAACUUGGAGCUUUGUAACCGCAUAUACAGUUACCCUCGAGCCAGAUAAUUUCCAUCUGCACCUUCAACCAGUGAUCUUCUUUAAAUUAGAAUCGUACGCCACAGCUGUAUAACUUUAUACAGCAUAAUUUGCAUGCGUUGCUUUAUAGUUCUAAGAUUUACAAGCAUUUCAAUAUGUACUGCAUAUAUUGUAUGUGUAAUUCUUCUGAUUUCUAGCAAGUAUUUUUCAAUUUGUAAAGAUGUUACGAAUUGUUUCGCAGAUAGGUGAAUGGGGUGGGUACAGUACUUAAUUGAGAAAUGGCGUCGAAAAACGUUUCAGUUCUGUAGUAGUUAGACUGAUUUAUAUACAUGUGUGUGUAGUAUUAUGUAUUUUUUGUCAAGUAUUCUAUGGUCUUUGUUGCAUAUUGAAAUACGCUUGUCGCUAUUUUAUGUUUUAUUAAAUAUCAGGCGAAAAAAUCAAUGGGCCAACAAAAAACGGAAACAAAAUUUUAUUUUGUGUUCAUAGAAUUCCAAGGUUGUGUUUACAUUAAAUAUUUAAUUUGUUAUAUUUAUAAGAUAUGUAUUUGAAAAAAAUAAACAAUCAUUCCUUA